AUGAGCACAACAACUACAAGCACAACAAUGACACUGAACAGUGCCCCCGAAAUCACAGCUGACAACGUCGCCACCCUCUUCCCCGAGGUCGACACAUCGCUCGCCCGCGAAAUCCUCCCCACCGCCCAAACACAGAGCUCGCGCGAUGCCGGCGAACUCGCCGGUUACGACGAGGAGCAAGUGCGCCUUAUGGACGAGGUCUGCAUUGUACUGGAUAACAAUGACCGACCCAUUGGCAGCGCCAGCAAGAAAUUGUGCCACUUGAUGACCAACAUUGACAAGGGUCUCCUUCACCGUGCUUUCUCCGUCUUCUUGUUCGACUCCAACAAGCGCCUGCUGCUUCAGCAGCGCGCCUCGGAGAAGAUUACCUUCCCCGACAUGUGGACCAACACCUGCUGCUCACACCCUCUUGGAAUCCCCGGUGAGACGGGUGCUGAGUUGGAUGCGGCUGUUAUGGGUGUCAAGCGUGCUGCGCAGCGUAAGCUGAACCACGAGCUUGGUAUUAUGGCGGAGCAGGUCCCGCUUGAUAAGUUUGAGUUCUUUACUAGAAUUCACUACAAGGCUCCCAGUGAUGGAAAAUGGGGUGAGCAUGAAGUGGACUACAUUCUCUUCAUCCAGGCCAAUGUCGACCUGGCUCCCAGCCCUAACGAGGUCCGUGAUACUACCUAUGUCUCGGCUGAUGAGUUGAAGGCCAUGUUCGAGCAACCCGGCUUGAAGUUCACCCCAUGGUUCAAGCUGAUCUGCAACUCGAUGCUAUUCGAAUGGUGGAGCCACCUGGGCACCCCUGCUCUGGAGGCGUACAAGAACGAACAAGAGAUUCGUCGCAUGUAA